CCAGAGGCGCAGUAGAUAACGCAGACGCUUUAACCACUGCGCGUCGCCCGUCGGGGCGCCGCCGCUCGCUUGCCUCGCGUGUGAGCACAGCUGCCGUCUCGCAGCGCUCGUGUCUGGUCUGGGCAGAUACAACACGUCGCCCGUCGCCUCUGCGUCAUGCCGCCGCCGCUGCGCCACCUCACGCAGCGCGAGGCCACCGAGGUGGACCGCGAGCUGUUCAGCGAGUACCAGUUCUCGGUGGACCAGCUGAUGGAGCUGGCCGGCUUGAGCUGCGCCGUGGCCGUGGCCACGCACUACCCGCCAGCGGGCGAGGCGCCGGCCGUGCUCGUCGUCUGUGGCCCGGGCAAUAACGGCGGCGACGGGCUCGUGUGCGCGCGCCACCUCAGCCUCUUCGGCUUCGCGCCCACCGUCUACUACCCGGUGCAGAAGGAGGUGGCGCUGUACCAGCGGCUGGCGCACCAGUGCCGCCAGGCGGGUGUGCCCGUGCUCGAGCAGCCGCCGGCGGACGUGACGCCCUUCCGGCUCGUCGUCGACGCGCUGUUCGGCUUCAGCUUCCGGCCGCCGGUGCGGCCGGUGCUGGAGCCGGCCAUGCGGUUGCUGACCGACUCGCCGGCGCCCGUCUGCAGCCUGGACGUGCCGUCCGGCUGGCACGUGGAGGAGGGUCCUGGCGAGGCGCCGGCCCUGGAGCCGGCGCUGCUCGUCUCGCUGACGGCGCCCAAGCUCUGCGCCCGCUUUUUCAGUGGCGCGCACUACCUGGGCGGCCGCUUCGUGCCGCCGGCGCUCGAGAAGAAGUACGAUCUCAACCUGCCCGAGUACCCCGGCACCAGCUGUGUGGUUCGUCUCUGAGUGGGGCCGCAGCCCGAGCCUCCGCCGAUCGGGGGUGCCGGUGCGUCCCAUGUCGCGUCGGCCGGCUAAUUGCGCGCGACGGUGGUGCGAGACGCGGCCGCGUAGGAGGCGGGCGGCACAACGCAGCUCCAGCGGGGGCUCUCUUUCGACCGGACUGGUCAGCGGUCACGCCGUCCGGACGCGCUGGCCUGGGGAGGUUCGAAAGAACCCGUUACGUGGCCAGCAUCGGUAUGUGCUGGCGAGAUCACCGGCGCCGGAGCGUUGCCUCGGCAAGCCUGCCCAGACCGCGGCGAGCAAGGCGAUCGCGGUCCGCGGCUCAUGCCUGGGAUUGAAAUGUUUGAAGGUGGAAGUCUGUGCCUAAGAUGUAGGUAACACGCUGAGAUGGAUGAUGAGGUCACGGGCUGUUGUGUGAUAUUCGCUGUGAGCGGGAAGCGUGUACACUACCCAAGCAGGGUAUCGCGUUCUGGCCCAAGGUCUGGUUAAUACAAA